UAGAAUCUACCUCCCAGUGUUGUUGUGAGGAUAAAAUAAGAUUAUAUAUGUAAAGUAUUAUGCAAAUACUAUAUCAGUGCUAGCUAUUAGUCUUAUUCAUAAUGUUUAUUACUAAUAAUAAACAUUUAUUCAAUGUCUAUUAUAUGCAGAGUACUGUGUUGGACAUGGAGGAAUAUAUAGAAAUUUUAAUUUCAGCUCCGAUAUUGAAUGAUUUCUUGGGGAAGUCAUUAAACUUUUCUGGGUUUUAGUUUCCUCUUAAAAAGAUAGGGUUUGGGGGCAGGUAGGCGGCUCGGGGGUCAGAAGGACCUCAGUUCAAAUGUGACCUCAGAGACUUACUGUUUGAUGGCAACCCCACAUUCAACCACAAUUGCCUCCAAGAAAAAAGAAAACACAGGGUUUAGAUGAGAUGAUCUACAAGCAAGAGUGUCCUGGUAAAUGUUUAACAAACAGUUCUAGAAAAAAGCACAUGUAUCAGAGAUAUAGUUUUAAGUUUAAACGGCAUUAUUAACAUUUUCCCCAUAAUUUUCUUGUCUAAACAAUCAACAAAACAAUGAGUUGAACCUGGAUUUGUAGCAUGAUUUCUGAGGUGAAUGCUCUUUUAACUUCAUCACAAAACAGUUGUUUGGGAUCAAUCUUGGAAGAGUAAAGACUGGACCCCAUUCCUGAGACCUGACCCCAGGUUUGGCUGAUAAAGAAGAGACCCCCUGCAGUCAAGAGGGGAAAGAGGAUGAGGGGAGGAGAAUAAAGAUAUAAAUGGAGUUUAAAAUUUCUUCCCACCAAAAUUCUCAUACACAUUACUCCAGAUUGGGAAACUCAGUCAAAGCUGAGAAAUGAACUACAAAACUGUGGUUACCCCUGGCAUCUCCUCCUUGCUACCCUUAUGGUAGCACCUGGUCAGACUGGGGAAAAAAUCUCCAGAGGGGAUAUGUAGACCACGGGCUCUUUAAAUAACAUUGACCAGCCACCCAUCUUUUCCCACUUUAAAGAAGCAGCCUGUAUACUUCCUAGACAAAGUAAGAAAAGAGCUGAGAAAAUCUAGUUAGUUCGUUGAGUUGCAGAGACCAGAGCCCUGGGGUUUCUGAGAACCCCAGCUUUGGUCUUGGACAUCCUCGCUGACUGAGUGAGUUGUUUCCUUUCUCUUGACUUCAAUUUCUUGAUCUGAAACGUGCCCCUUCCUUCCUUCCCUCCCUUCCAGUAAGGGAAUAAGAGCCUCUCUGGAAAAAUGCUUUGAGAUUUUCAGAAGGGCUUAGAAGCAGAAGGGAUUGUUCUUCUUACAGGACUCAGAUGAGGAAGCUGAAGAUUGGACACAGAUCACCCAGGCUGCAGAAAUAAAAUCUGAACCCAAGGUUUCCUGACUCCAAAGCCAAGGCUUUCUCCUCAAUUUGUUGAUCUGAACUGAGUUGUCUCACAUCACAGAGAAAAUCUUCAGUUGGAAAGAAGUAAGAGGACCAGGAAAUACGGUGUUCAAGACUGAGAAAGGUGCCUCUUUGAAGACUUCAAGACAGCACCUUACCACCACCACUACCACAUACAAGCACAUGCACAGGGUCUCUGUUUCUUUGGAGCAACAUGGCUCAGGAUCUCACUGAGAAGGAGCUGUUAAAAAUGCAGAUAGAUCAACUUAAGAAGGAAGUGAAGAACGAAAGAGUCUUGAUUUCCAAAUCAGGGAAGGCACUUAAGGAGUAUGUGGAAGCUAAUGCUGGUGAUGACCCCCUACUUAAAGGUGUCCCUGAGGACAAAAAUCCCUUUAAAGAGAAAGGUGGUUGUAUGAUAAGUUGACCACCCAUUUUCCCCAUCCUCAACCCAAGGACCAACUUUUCCCUUGUCAUUCUAGAUGAUCACUUACAGAUCCAAACCCCUGACAACUAAAUAUCAUUCUACUGUACCCUGACAAUUCUGUCUAUCCUUCUCCAUGGUUAUAUCCAUUCUUCAACAAUUAACUAAUUGGUGUUAAAGCCUAAUUACUGAACCAGUGUAAACUCAAGCAGGAAAAUGCUAUAAGCUCAGUCCAAAGGGUUAUCUGGGGAAGGGAGGGGUGGCAAUAAAAUGUUAGAAUGAAUGAA